UAACAGUACAUCUACUGCAAGCUGUGGACUGAGAAGUUAGGGAAUGAGCUCAAGUGGUUAUUUCUUAUAAAAAAAAAAAGUUACCUCCAGCUUCAACAUGGUUAAUCUGGGGCUCACCAAAGUGGACGACGCGUUGGUGGCGAAACAUCCGGGUUUGGAGAGCUACGCCGCCUGUCAGUCUCAUGCUUUCAUGAAGGGGUCUGGGACCUUUGUGCUGGGUGUUGCAGGUUUUUUUGCUAUUCAGAAGGCCCUACAGAGGAAGCUUCCUUAUCCCCUUCAGUGGAACCUGCUCAUUUCAAUAGUGGCAUCAUCAGUGGGCAGUUACGCAGUGACUCGCUGGGAAACGCAGAAAUGCUCAGACCUCUGGUUGCUCCUAGAAACAGGCAAAGUCCCAGACAGGUCACCACCUCCAGUACCCCAACAAGAGGAACCAACAGCACCACAGAAGACAAAAUAUGGUGACGUGAUGGAAUGAAGAAGUUUCAAACAAAUUUUAUUAUCUACAAUAUAAAGAUUAUAAAUAUGUAAAGAGAAAGAGCUCAGUGGUGCUCUGCAUAUUUUGCAUGGCCCACAUGAUUGUGUAUUAUAUUUAUUCUGGUUGUGGAGCUCUUAAAUUUCAUAACAGUAUCAAUGUGUGGAUUAAAAAAAAAAAACCCUGGGUUUUCCUGACUCAGAGGUCAGGAAUUAGUUGUGGGUUUUUAGUAGGAAUUAGAUGUAAAGCUUGUGAUCCGGUGUUGUUGUUAUUAAUAUUUGGAUGUGUUGGGUUGUCGUGCAACAGAAUUAACAGUGCACUUCCAAAACCAGCUUCUACUUGUUACUGUAAAGCUAAUGGUGUAGAGCUGCUUAUUGGACUCUCUGGUGGGCCAAACCAGUAAAUGACAAGCAAGUUACUAACCUUUUAUUUAAACAUAUGCCUGAACUACACAGAGUAAAUCAUGUGGGGACAGUUCUUCCUUUUAAAUCCUUGCUUUCUCAGAGUAGCAGCAUAUUAAUCCUGACAACAUUUAGCUUUCAGCCCCUGGACGUCUAAUGGUUCAGGUGUGCUGUAAUAGAGUCUUCAGGUUACCUUUUUUGUCUGCAUUACGACAGACUGAGAAGAAUUCAGUGUUUUUCCUGUGGAAGUUUUUGCUUUAACUCCAUUCUGCUAAUAACCUUGUAAUAUUUUCUUCAAUAAUAUGUAAAAAUAACAAAGUAUUCUGUUUUUCGUUAUUUAAACUAUACGGCCACUAUUUAAAAUAUACAGUACCAGAACCAAACAUUUAUUUCAUACAUUGCAUUCAUUCCACACGUCCACGCAUCAGAUUGAGGAAGAAAGGAGACUUAAGUGACUUUAAAUGUGGUGUGGUUGUUGGUGCCAGAAGCGUCUGAGUAUUUGAGAAAUUGCUGGGAUUUCCCCACUCAGCCAUCUCUAAGGUUUACAGAGAAUGGUCUGAAAAUGAGAAAAUGGCUUAUUGAUACCAGAGGUCAGGGGAAAAUGACCAGACUACUUUAAGCUAUUGUAGAUGGGCAACAGCAGCAGAAGACUGCUGUUGGCUAUUAGGCUACUUUCAUGCAAAAAGAAGACUUGCAUUGUCAUGCCAGAUGCAAAACAAAAUCUAAUGUAAAUAUGAAUAGACUCGAGCUAUUUAUAUAACAACCAACUAAAUACUGCAAAUCCUGCAUUACUGAGACUGCAUUAUUUUAAGAUUACAAGGAUACCUCGAAACUGGGGACCAUAAAUAUUCACAAAGAUAGAAUUCUAUCAAUAUGGGAUUGUUUAGUGGACGCAAACAUGAGCAGUCUGACUAUUCUGUUUUCUCCAGACUUAUUUGCACAAUAAGGCAUUAGUAGUGUAAAUUCUGAACCAUGCAGUGCAACCCAUUGAAACAAUAGAGUCUUUCAAGCAUACUUUUAAUACCUUAAGUGAAUGAAAAAUCCAAAGUUCAAGCCUUCGAAAUAUAGAGAAUUAUUCUGAGAGCUGGAAACACAAACUCAGACCAGAGAUGUGGAAAGCACGUUUGAGAGAGACAGCGGAUAUAGGAGAUUCUCAUAGUAAAUGAAAAUCUGAAUAAUGAACCAUUUUGGCUUCGGUAUAAUAUUCCUUUUAUUUUUCCUACUGCUCAGCUUGAGUCAACCCCCACUCUUUUAAUUCCUCUCGCUCUCUUCCUCCCACAAUAUUUCAGAUUUGAUUUAACACCUCCAGCAUUUGAAGGUUUUGAAGUCUCUUUGUGUCUUUCCAAAAAAAAAAGAAAUCAUGCAUCAUGUACUGAAUAAGCUCUCAAAUCCUUUGUCACAUGCACACCGAUACUGCUGAAGGGGAAGACUUUGAGAAUCAGAGCAAACAGGAGAUAAUGAGAGGAGAGAGAGUGUUACAUGAGAGGACUGACUGGCCAGUGAAGCAGAGGAUCAGUACAUGACCACA